AUGUCAGCAUGUGUCACGUGUCAGUGCAACAUGUCAGCAUGUGUCACGUGUCAGUGCAACAUGUCAGUAUGUGUCACGUGUCAGUGCAACAUGUCAGCAUGUGUCGUGUGUCAGUGCAACAUGUCAGCAUGUGUCACGUGUCAGUGCAACAUGUCAGCAUGUGUCAUGUGUCAGUGCAACAUGUCAGUAUGUGUCACGUGUCAGUGCAACAUGUCAGCAUGUGUCGUGUGUCAGUGCAACAUGUCAGCAUGUGUCGUGUGUCAGUGCAACAUGUCAGUAUGUGUCGUGUGUCAGUGCAACAUGUCAGUAUGUGUAGUGUGUCAGUGCAACAUGUCAGUAUGUGUCGUGUGUCAGUGCAACAUGUCAGCAUGUGUCGUGUGUCAGUGCAACAUGUCAGUAUGUGUCGUGUGUCAGUGCAACAUGUCAGUAUGUGUCGUGUGUCAGUGCAACAUGUCAGUAUGUGUCGUGUGUCAGUGCAACAUGUCAGCAUGUGUCACGUGUCAGUGCAACAUGUCAGUAUGUGUCGUGUGUCAGUGCAACAUGUCAUCAUGUGUCGUGUGUCAGUGCAACAUGUCAGCAUGUGUCAUGUGUCAGUGCAACAUGUCAGUAUGUGUCGUGUGUCAGUGCAACAUGUCAUCAUGUGUCAUGUGUCAGUGCAACAUGUCAUCAUGUGUCGUGUGUCAGUGCAACAUGUCAGCAUGUGUCGUGUGUCAGUGCAACAUGUCAGUAUGUGUCACGUGUCAGUGCAACAUGUCAGCAUGUGUCGUGUGUCAGUGCAACAUGUCAGUAUGUGUCACGUGUCAGUGCAACAUGUCAGCAUGUGUCGUGUGUCAGUGCUACAUGUCAGUAUGUGUCACGUGUCAGUGCAACAUGUCAGCAUGUGUCGUGUGUCAGUGCUACAUGUCAGCAUGUGUCACGUGUCAGUGCAACAUGUCAGCAUGUGUCGUGUGUCAGUGCAACAUGUCAGCAUGUGUCGUGUGUCAGUGCAACAUGUCAGCAUGUGUCACGUGUCAGUGCAACAUGUCAGUAUGUGUCGUGUGUCAGUGCAACAUGUCAGCAUGUGUCGUGUGUCAGUGCAACAUGUCAGCAUGUGUCGUGUGUCAGUGCUACAUGUCAGUAUGUGUCACGUGUCAGUGCAACAUGUCAGCAUGUGUCGUGUGUCAGUGCUACAUGUCAGCAUGUGUCACGUGUCAGUGCAACAUGUCAGCAUGUGUCGUGUGUCAGUGCAACAUGUCAGCAUGUGUCACGUGUCAGUGCAACAUGUCAACAUGUGUCACGUGUCAGUGCAACAUGUCAUCAUGUGUCGUGUGUCAGUGCAACAUGUCAGCAUGUGUCAUGUGUCAGUGCAACAUGUGCCAUGGGUCGCCUGGGUCCCUGCGGUGUGAGUGCCUGCCGGGGUGGUCGGGGCCAGGCUGUGUCACGCCCACCACGCCCACUACUUUCCUCCACAACAGUUACGUGAAGCUGGCCCUCUCCUUCACGCCCCUCGGCUACUCCACCACCAUCUCCCUCAGGUUCAGGACGCGGAGGAGAGGAGGAGAACUAGUGGUGGUGACGUCACAACAUGGGCGGGACAUGUGGGCGGUGGAGAUGGUGGGCGGCCGCGUGUGUGUGGUGCUGCGUCUCCCCCCGCGACCCCCCACCUCCCUCUGUCUCUCUCGGGCCGCCCUCGCUGACGGCCGCUGGCACUCUCUCCUUGCUGCAAGGUACGGCUCUGCGGUCUUCCUGACGGCUGACGACGGCGACGGGGACCUGUACAACGCCUCGGUGGUGCUGGAGGGACGCCAGCUGCUGCAGGUGGACGGCCAGGAGGGCGUCCACGUGGGAGGCACGCCCGAGUAUGCUGGAGUCACCGUGUUCAACAUACACAGAGACUAUUACAAUGGAUGUAUGGACGACCUGAGGAUCUCCGGGCGGAGGAUACCACUACCGCCAGCGGUCAACAGAACAGCCUGGGGUCUGGCCAGCGUGUUCCAGGGCGUCGAGCCAGGGUGUGGUGGUCCUCCUGCCUGUGCCAACGUCUCCUGCAGGCCCCCGCUCUCCUGCGUCGACACCUGGAGGUCCUACCAUUGCGGGUGUGGUGAGGGCCGGGCGCUGAGCAGUAGUGAGGAGACGUGUGAGGACGAGGACGAGUGUGUAUGGCGUCCUUGUCUUAACGGAGGCACCUGCUUCAACACCCAGCCAGGCUUCAUGUGUGCGUGUCCGGCGGGGUUCAGCGGACAACACUGUCACCUGCCGGACGUGGGGGAGACUUCACUAAAACUGCCGCUCGGGAUCCUCGUGACCAUUGUCGUCUGGUGCACAUUUCUCCUGCUGCUGAUCUGCGCCUUUCUGCUGCAUCAGCACCACCGCCGGUCGGCGCUGCGCAGAGACGCCGCCGACAACAAGGAAGACGCCGUCAGUUAUAAGCAACAGGUUUCUCCGCCUUGCAACCACACACCCAACCUGCUGGAGCUGCAGCUCUCGACGCCGCCCAAAGCCAACGGUCAACCAGCCUGGACCAAGAACCCCAACAUAGCAGGUAUGUGGCCGUCCCCCUACCAGCUUGGACCAAGAACCCCAACAUAG